CGGCCCCGCCGGGGAACCGGGACGCGGUCGAGGGCUCUGGCCGCGCUCCCCGCCGGGUCUCGGGGGUGGUCGUGAGGCCGGGGACGGGGAGAGGCCGGAGCUCUGCGGGCGACCGGGCCCCUUGAGGGGUGACGGGCGCUGCCGCCUCGCCCGGCCUCGUCCCGUUCCCCUGUCAGCGGGGCUUCAGGGCCGGGAGGUGGUUCUGUCGCCUCGGCCCAUCGGGUUUUCGCCCCCCGGGAUUCCGGCCCGGUGCUCGCCGGGUACCCUCGGGCCGGGGGCAGGGGGAGCUGCCAGCCUCUCCCCGGCGGAGAAGGCGAGCGAGCCAGGCUCUUCUUUCUGACAGAAAAUUGAUUUAUUUUUUAAUCAAGCUUAAUGAGGUUCCUCUGAUUUCCGCCUGGCGGUGGCGGCUGGACAGGAAUUCCUCAUCCUCGCUCAGGCCACGGCUGUAACUUACCUCCUCGCCUGAUUUAGUGGCAAUUUUGCCUUUUUCUCCUUUUAAUCUUGACGUUUUGAUACCUCUGCUGGCUCCUAGAGGGGCAUGUCUGCUCACCUGUGGAGUACGGUUAUGGAGACUGGAACUCUGGGACGAACAGAGGUUACGAGGGAUACAGUUACGGCUAUGGAUACGGCCAGGAUAACUCGGGUAAUUACGGAUAUGGCAUGGCCACUUCGAACUCCUGGGAAAUGGCCAAUUCGGACGUUGACAUGAACCCUGACGGUUCAGGCGGCGGCAACGCCGACGCCGUCAUCGCGAAAAUGAACCAGCGCUUAGACAUGGUGUCGCACAUGGACACGGACACGAUGCAAGGAGGGCACUACGGAUCCGGUGGAGACAGGUAUGACUCGUACGAAUCCUACGACUCGAGGUCUUCGAUGAAUGACCGUGACAUGUACCGAUCCGGCUACGAUUACAACGAGUCCGAACACGACAACGAUAACGCCUAUGAAGGUCACUACGACAACUUCUACGGGAACCGCCGGGAUCAAUACCAGAACAGAGCACGGGAUAACUUUGGUCAACGGGGUCAGAAUUGGGGUAGAGACGGACGCAAUAACAGACCCAUGGCGUCUUCCUAUCCUGGGCGCAUGGGUGGACAGUGGAACGAGCCUCCGCAAUCGAUGGGAUCGCGAGGUCUCGGUCCCCACGGAUCCUCCAGGCUUCCUUCCCUCUUCUCCCACAACAUUAUCCCAGAACUCAGCAUGUUCCAGGGAAUGCGAGGUUUCUCGGGAAAUAUGCGUUACGGAGGAGGAAUGAUGAAACAACGGAUGAGGAGAAACUGGAAAAUGUGGGACUCGGAUUUUAAACCCCAGAAAAAGAAAAUCAAAAAAGAUCCCACCGCGAAGAAGCGGAAGCAAACAAACAGCUCCGAUGAACCUGACAGCAAGGCGGCAAAGACAGACGGCUCCGAUAACUCCGACUCUGACAACGAGGAGGGAACAGAAGGAGAAUCAGGAGAAAAAGAGGAGAAAGAGGGCUCCAGAGGUGAAGGGGAAGAUGAAGAAGGAAAAGAUUCGGAGAAAGGUGCUUUAACAAUUCAAGAAGAGAUCAGUCAAAUCAAACGCAAAUUGCAGGCGGGCAAGAAAACUCAAGAGAGGCAAAAGAAGAGGCAUCGGGAUCGCAUGGUAGAAAGGAUCCAGUUCGUUUGUUCGUUAUGCAAAUAUCGGACCUUCUACGAUGAUGAGAUGAACAGUCACCUUGAGAGUAAAUUCCAUAAGGAACACUUCAAGUUUGUUGGCACCAAGUUGCCUCAACAAACAGCUGAUUUUCUCCAGGAAUACGUCGCUAAUAAAACUAGGAAAACUGAAGAGCGUCGUAAAGCAAUUGAAGACAUUAACGCGGUUAUUCAGCAGAUUUACAGGGACCAAGAUCUUACGCAAGAUGUUGGUAUGGAGCAUUUUAUUAAGAAGGUGGAGGCGGCUCACUGUGCUGCCUGUGACCUCUUCAUCCCAAUGCAGUACGGCAUCAUCCAGAAACACUUGAAGUCGCUUGACCACAACCACAACCGCAGGGCUAUGAUGGAGCAGUCCAAGAAAUCGUCGCUAGUAGUUGCAAGGAGUAUUCUCAACAACAAACUAAUCAGUAAGAAACUGGAGCGGUACCUGAAGGGUGAGAAUCCUUUCACGGAUGACCCAGAAGAAAAAGAAGAGCAUGAGGAAGGAGAAGGGGGAGCCAGUGGAAAUGCAGAGGAAGGAACAGCAGAAGGAGCAGAUGGAAACAAGGAUGAGGAGGAAAAUCCGGAAGAAGAAAAUCCAGAGGAGGAAAAUCCGGAAGAAGAAAAUCCAGAGGAGGAAAAUCUGGAAGAGGAAAAUCCAGAAGAAGAAAAUCUGGAGGAGGAAAAUCUAGAUGAGGAAAACAAGGAUCCUGAAGAGAACCCAGAAGCAGAAGGUGCUGAAAAUGAGGGGGAGCGAGAAGAAACAGGGACAGAGACAGAAAUCGAGGCACAAGCACAAACAGAGGUGGAGCCGGAUGCAGAAAACACGGAGGAGCAGGCUUCCCCACCUGCAGAGGAAUCUCUCCCUGAGGAAGAAGAGCAACAGCCAGUAGAAGGCGUGGAAGUAGAAGAUGAGGAGGAAGAAAGUGAGGAAGCUGCUGCAGCACAAGAGGAUGAGGAUGCGGAGUAAACUCUGGAGGGGGAAGCUGAUGUGUAAAAGACCUGACGUAUUUUGUUGUGAUUUUUUUUUUUUUUUUUAAACAUAACUGUAUCUGUGAAUUUCAUAACACGUGUUUUGAGUUCUCAUUCUACUAAACUCACUUAGGCAGUGGAAGCCUUUACCUGUAAAGUGAUUUUUUGGGAAAAUAGAGGAAUUUUUUUUUACCAAAUCUUCAUUUUAGUAGCUAGGUUUUGUGCGUUCUCUGUUUUUUAGAUGGCUUUGUACUAGGAGAAUUUCCUUUUGAGCAUGUGUGCAAACCAGUGCUACUUCACGAUCUGGCAAACAAAACCUCUUCUUUUCCCCUUGAAUUUAAACUUUUCUAUAUUUAACAAAGAUGUGGUUUGUUCCCUUAGCCUGUUUGUCUGGAAACAUCAGAAAUUUGGUUCCGGGGUUUUAAUUUCUGCAGUGUACGCCGUUAAGGUUCUGCGUAACUUCCAUGUGACUGUAAUAUUCCCCCCUGAUGUUUUAUUCUUCCUUUUAAUGCGGAGCGAAACUAAGUGGUGUCGACAUUGUAUUGUUUGUAAAAUGCUUUCAUUUUAAAGGUGAAUGUUUUGGUGGGUGGAGAUAAAAGGACUAUCCUGAGAUUA